UGGUUCAAUAACACCAUCAUUACUACUCUUUGAACAAAACCAUUCCUGAGAUAUUUUGGCUUCUGAUUCUUAUCUUUACAGAAAGAAACUCAUAAUUUACCUUCUUUGUAGCAGCAACUUUUGGCUUGUAUCAUCAUCACCACAGAGAGAGGAAAAAAAAAUAUGGGUGCUCUGGAUCAUUUUUCCGAUCUCUUUGAUUGCUCCCGUGGCAGCUCCAAGCUCAAGAGACGCAAGCAGUUGCAGACGGUUGAGGUCAAAGUACGUAUAGACUGCGAGGGAUGCGAGCGCAAGGUGAAACGGGCACUGGAAGGAAUGAAAGGGGUGAAACAAGUAGACGUGGAGCGCAAAGCCAACAAAGUUACGGUCGUUGGAUACGUGGAUCCAUCUAAGGUAGUGUCACGUGUCGCACAUCGAACGGGGAAGAAAGCAGAGCUCUGGCCCUACGUACCAUAUGAUAUGGUGGCUCACCCAUAUGCCCAAGGGGUGUAUGACAGGAAGGCCCCGACUGGGUACGUGCGAAGAGUGGAUGACCCACAAAUGUCCCAACUGGCACGUGCCAGUUCCACUGAAGUUAGGUACACCACAGCUUUCAGUGAUGAGAACACUCAAGCCUGUGCCAUCAUGUGAUCAUCACCAUCAUCAUGAUGAUGUAUAAUUAGACUGUUCAUUUUGUGUUGCAGCAAUAUUUUUAUUUUUAUUUCCAAGAAUUGGAGCUGUCUUGCUGUCUUCAUCUGGUUGUUAAUUGUAUUAAAUCUUUUAGGUAUCUCAUGUAAUGGAGACAAAAGUUGUUAUUAAUGGAAAAUAUGUUGUAGAAAA